AGGAGGUUCUAGAGGAGUCACUCCUCCAUGGGCUGGAUUUGGAUGUUGAUGUGCUGCCGAUCAAACACUCGAACACUAGAACUUUCUCUUCAUACUUUAUCAACAACAAAUCCUUGCAUUUCCUGAGACCGAGCGGGUUAACAUGCUUCAUCCGUGAGCACCUGAGCGCAGGACUCUCAGUUAUUCUUCAUCUAUUUAUUUAUCAGAUUAAGUCAACAGGUGACUCGCGUGAUGCCCAGCCAGACUCUGCGCCCGCGACUGUGCGUCCUGGAGAAGGGCGAGAACGGAUACGGUUUCCAUCUGCACGGAGAGAAGGGCAAAACCGGCCAGUUUAUCCGCCUGGUGGAGCCCGACUCCCCCGCCGAGCUGUCCGGUCUGCGCGCGGGCGACAGGCUGGUGUUCGUGAACGGAGAGCGCGUGGAGAGCGACAGCCAUCAGCAGGUCGUGGCGAGGAUACGCGCGAGCGCCGGGAGCCUGGAGCUCAUAGUGGUGGACGUGGACACCGACCAGCUGCUGAAGAAACACGAGCUGAAGUGUGUGAGGGAGUUUGUCACGGAGGGCAUUCCUGUGCCCGAAUGCGAUGAUGAGCCCGAGAUCAGCGACGAGAUGAUGCGGGACGACACGCCACCGCCGCCCCCGGUGCCGGAGAGGAACGGAGAGAUCAUUCCCGUUUACAUUCCCGCGGUGGAGAAGCUCAGAACAUCCGUGAGCUCAGAGACGAUUGCAGAAUUGAGACGAAAUGACGAAAAAACAGCAGAACUAUUCAUCAGGGCAGGUUACACCCCUCACAGAAUGAUUCGUCUACAUGAUGUCCACCCAUCCUCAGAGUGCAGCCUGACUGACGGCGCUGUGAUGGAGCGUGACUUGAAGCCUGAGCUCAGACCACGACUCUGUGUCAUCAAGAAAGGCCCCAAUGGCUUUGGCUUUAACCUGCACAGCGAGAAGUCCAGACCCGGCCAGUACAUCAGAGCUGUAGAUGACGACUCACCGGCACAGAGGUCCGGCCUGAAGCCCAAAGACCGGAUAAUACAGGUGAACGGGCUUUCAGUGGAAGGGAAGCAGCAUGCAGAGGUGGUGGCUGCUAUUAAAGCCGGGGGUGAUGACACAACACUCUUGGUCGUAGAUCCAGAAACAGAUGCUUUCUUCAAGAAGUGUCGAGUGAUGCCCAAUGCAGAACACCUCACAGGGCCGUUGCCUGAACCUGUGGUCAACGGAGACAUGGAGGACAAGGUAAAUGGAAACGUGGCCAAAGAGAUGGGGCUGAAGGACUCAAAGUUAUCAGUCAGUCCGUCCCCUUCUAACGCAUCCUCCAACGCCUCCCUCAUGACUCCGCCCACUGGGACUCCGCCCCCUGAGGCUAUGGAGCCGUCCAUCAUAGAUGCCAUCCCAGAGCUCAAUCUGUCCUUACAGCAGGUGAAAGAGCGCGCUCACCAGAAACGCUCCAAUAAGAGAGCUCCGGCCAUGGACUGGAACAAGAAAAAUGAACUCUUCAGUAACCUAUAGACCUCCUCCAGCCGUCUCUAUGUCCAUCCGUCCGUCCAUCCAUCCAUCCAUCCAUCCAUCCAUCCAUCCAUCCAUCAGCUCUGUUUAAGACUUGAUGAAACAGAGCAGAUCUUAUAAUGAGGUUAUCAUUAAAGUAGGCUCAAUAUGAUGUGUGUACAGUAUGUGUGUGUAUAUUUAUAAAUACACACAGAGAUUUAUAUGUAUUCAGAAUUAUGUAUUUGAAUUACUAACAGAUUAUAUUAGUACGUCAGCUAUGGGCAAAUGGAAUGUAACAUUCUACAACUGUGAUGUAUUACAAUCACUGGCUGUGUUCAGAAUGGAGUACUUAUUGUAAUAUUACUGCUUACUGAAUACUGUGCAUUACACAUUGUAUACUGCUCACUGUUUAAGUGAUAUAGUAAAACAGUAGUAGUAGUGUUAUGAUGUUAUGCAUACAGUGGUAUUCUAUACUGUUGUCACAGGACCACUACAUUGCAUGUUUAAUUUAAUGAGCAGCAUCUAGUUAUCAUUUUGAAAAUAAAGUUACUUUUUUAUUAAUUCAAUUUUGUGUUAUGUUAGUAUGCGAUAUUAUGUUAGUAUGCUAUUCUGAACAGAGCCUAAUUCAGUAUGUUUGACAUUGAGCAGGUGUGUAUGUGUGUGUGUGUGUGUGUGCGUACAUGGGUAUGACAUAGGUAUUACAAGGUAUUACACUUAUGAGGACAUUACCCCAUGUCCCCAUUUUUCAAAAGGCUUAUAAAUCAUACAGAAUGAGUUUUUUUGAGAAAGUAAAAAUGUGCACAGUUUCCUGUGAUGGGUUUAGGGGUAUAGUUGGUGUAGGGCGAUAGAAAAUACGGUUUGUACAGUAUAAAAACCAUUACGCCUAUGGAAUGUCCCCACAAUUCACAAAAACAAACGUGUGUGUGUGUGUCCUUGUUCAAUAGGGUUCUAUAUAGAACCCUAGGGUUCUUGAAUCAAUUUAUAGAACCCUUUAUGCCAAAAGGUUCUAUAUAUGAAGUGCCUGACAGAACCCUGAAAGGUUCUAUAUAAAACCGUUGUUUCUUCGAUGUAAAAGCGUCUGAGUUCUAAUCAAACAAUGUAGUUUGAUUUAUGAAUGAUUUCUUGAGCCACCCUAUGUCUCAUUUCUCUACCAAUUCUGUUGAGAAUUAUUUCAUUGUUUUAUAAGGAACAAAUGAAGACUAGAUAGAAGUGCUGACGAUCACUGUAACCACAGGAAUCUCAUCAUUACUAUUGUAAACAGAUACAGUGGUGUCCAAAAGUCUGAGAUAUCUAUGAUAAGCAAUGAAGAAUUUUGUAUUAAAUACAACAUUAAACAGAAAAUGAUUUCACUAGUGGCCUGAGACAUUUGGAGCCCUCCAAAUGAAAAUUAGUGUAUAAUGGCCUUGUUCCAAUCAGUGAGGUAUUUUGAGACUCCUGCUAUUUGAUUUUUUUUCCUAUGUUGGGUUGACAUGCCCUUACAUAAUACUGCACUUCUGAUCACUGCAUUGUCAUGUUAUUUCAUAUUUGUAAAUGUUAUAUCUUUAUUAUGUAACAAUACAUUUAUAGAGCACGCUCACUUUGUUCAUAAAAUUUUUAUAGUGGA